AUGCCGAGUAUUAUAAGCAAGCGUCAGCAGCUGCGCAAUGAGAGGACUCUGGCGGAGCUGGUCCGGACCGUCCCCGGCAAUGACCGCUGUGCCGACUGCGAUGCUCUCAAUACAGGAUGGGCAAGCUGGAAUAUGGGUAUCUUUCUGUGUAUGCGCUGCGCCGCAAUCCACCGAAAGCUGGGCACACACAUUUCCAAAGUCAAGUCCUUAUCGAUGGACACCUGGACCGAUGAGCAGGUGGAUAGCAUGAAAUCGCACGGCAACAUGCUCAUGAACAAGAUCUUCAAUCCCAAGAAUGUCAAACCUCCUGUCCCUACCGAUAUCGACGAGGCGGAUUCCUGUAUGGAGCGCUUCAUCCGUCAGAAAUACCAAUACCGGUCCUUGGAGAAUGGAAAACCAAAGCCCCCGAGUCGCGAAGAAGCUAGCUAUAGUAGAGACCAGGAUCGACGGGAUGACCGGCGAUCACGCCAAAAGAGCUACGAUGACUAUGACCGCGACGAUCGCUCGCCCGAGGAUUCGCCGCCUCCUCUACCCCCCAAGUCCGGCAACUGGUUCGGCCUGCGAACCGCCUCGUCCACAUCCAACCUCAGCCGUUUCAGCAGCAAGUCUAAGGCUUCGCUCUCGCCGAGUAUGGACCAGCAGUCAUGGUCACGUCCCCCUCGUCAGACGACUGGUCUCGGUGCACCGGUGGCUGACAUGACGACUGCUUCGUUCGAGGCGAAGAUGGCUGCUCUCCAGGACAUGGGAUUCACCAAUGAUCGGCGGAAUGAGAUGGUUCUACGCGGAUUGAAUGAGAAUCUGGAUAAAUCAAUUGAGACCUUGGUUCGCCUGGGCGAGGGUAGUAACCCAGGGUCAAGAGCCCGAACUCCUGUGCCAGCAGAGAGACCGACAGCCUCCGUGGCCGCUCCCGCGGCGCCUCGGGCACCCUCGCCAAGUCCAUUCGACAUGCCUACAGCGAGAUCUGGGAAUCCGGCAUCGCAACAGCCGCAGGGCGCUUCAUACAAUCCGUUUGAUCAGGUUACCGCGCCACAGCCAACGCAGCCGGCACCCUCUCUGGAGGCAUCGUUCCAAACGCUCCAAGUCUCGCAACCGCUUUUCCCCCAUUCCACGGGAGGUUUCCCAGCGCAGACUGGUCUGAUGCCCCAAGCGACUUACCAACAGCCACUCACUCCACCCGCAACAUCCACUUUCUCUUCCAACGGCUUUGUCUCCUCUCCGCAGGCAUUGAACAGUAAUCACAAUCCUUUCUUCCAAACCGGAGCAACCCCACAGGGCAUCUCGAGUGCGCAGUCAUUCCCCCAUCCCACCUCGAAUGCGCAACCGAACAACCCAUUCUUCAACGGCACGUCACAGCCGCAAUCGCAAAAUCCUUAUGGACAACCACAACCACAGCCGCAAUACAACGGCCAGCCAAUGCCCUCUAUCAAUAUCCCUCCACAGCCUCAACAUGCAAACACCAUGCCCUCGAUCUCAUCCACUUCGCCUUUUGGGACGUCUCCAUUCAGCACAUCUCCGUUCAGUCAGACCCCGGCAUUCCAGACCCAGCCACAACAGCCACAAUCUCAGCCGUUGAGGCAGCAAACCCUGCCUGCUGCUCAAGCAAACUACAACCCAUUCCAGCAGCCAAUGGGUACGCAGGGCACCUUCCAGCAAAACCAAUUCCAGUCGCAGUCUCAGCCCCAGCUCCAGCAGCAGCCCCAGCAGCAGCAGAUGAUGCCCCAGUAUACCUCGGCAAUCAACAAGAAUAACAUCCUCUCACUAUACAACGUGAACUCCACCCCCACCUCAAACCCUAAUCCCAUGUCCUCCGUCCCCGAACAACCUCAAUUUCAAUACCAGCAGGCCAAUCUCGGAACAAGCCCUGUGCCCCAGCUCUCCAACUCCCUCUCCUCCACCCCACUCUCCCUGUCGGGCUCAAACAUGCAAACUCCACCCACCGGUGCCACCCCAGCAUCACGCAACCCAUUCGGUGCCGCAAGCGUGGGAUCUGGACUCGCCGCCCAAGCAGGCGUCAACGCCUUUGCUACCUCCUCUGGCCUCGGAAUCGGAAUGUCUUCAGCGCCUGGGAAUGGCAUGAAAACAUCUCCUUCUCCCUUUACGAGUCCACCACCCGCGUCGAAUGGGUUUCAGAGAACUCACAUGAGCCAGCCCAGUGUGGAUGUGAAUGGUUUCCAGAGUGGACGGCACAGUCCCGAUGCAUUUGCUAGUUUGAGUGCGCGGUACGGUUGA